UUUUAUUUUCGUCAAACUAUAAAUAUCAAUUUUAAGUAAAAGUUUUCUUACUAUGAUGAACAUGUCAUUUCAUUCUCAUGAUUUAUUCAAAACUAUUGGAUAAAUAUUGAAAAUUUUAUUUGGAUUUUUAACAUUUAUAUUCAUAUUUCAUUUUGCCAAAAUACGUAUAAAAUAAUGGAUAAUAAUUUAACGGGUUUGAUGAGGGCGUCUAUAACGGAAUGUGUACAUAACUACAACGAUUUAGAUGAUGAAGCAAAAGAAUUAAUAAAAGCCGCUAACUGGGUACGACAGUACGCUCACGUACCGUAUAGUAACUUUAAAGUGGGUGCAGCGUUUCGAACAAAGGAGGGACGUAUAUACAGUGGUUGCAAUGUGGAAAAUGCCGCUUUCUCUCCUUCAAUUUGUGCCGAACGAAAUGCUAUUUGCAAAGCAGUUAGCGAUGGCUUUAAAGAAUUUACUAACGCUGCUGUUGUAGCUUAUCAAGAGAAAGUAUUGACACCACCUUGCGGUGUUUGUCGACAAUCUAUUAUGGAAUUUGCUAAAGAGGAUACCAUUAUAUAUAUAACUAAAGCUACAGAUUAUGUUGAACAGCUUGCCGAAAUAAAUGGACCGGUAUUGUGCACAUCAAUUUAUAACUUAUUACCGUAUGGUUUUCGCAACUAUCAGGAAAAUCAAACCAAACAUAUUAUCGAUGAUGUUUUAUAGUUCAAAUUUACCUUAGCUAAUUUUCAUUUUAAAUAAAUAAUAUUUAUAUGGAAUUUAAACAAACAAUUUUUCACGAUCACAAGGAUUAUUUUAAAUGCAAUCGAAUAGGUAGAUAAACAAUACACCAGUGCAGUACAUUUCGCAUUUCAGUGUGUAUUCACAGUGAGAGAAUGAAUGUCAAGUUCAUUCUCUCUUUGUUUUUCUCCCCACGUCAUUUGCUUGCUUUUCCUAAGAGUUGACAGGGUUGCCUGUCUUAGACACGCUCUAAUACAAAUGCACUAUGGUUGGGCAUUUCAGUCCAUAUUCAAAGACUUAAGAUAAUGAAUGUUGAAAUUCAUUCUCUCUUUUUUUGCUCCCCACGUCAUUUGCUUGCUUUUUCUAAGAGUUGACAGGGUUACCUUUCUUCGAUACGCUCUCAUGCAAAUGCACUAUAAUUGGGCAUUUCAGUGCAUAUUCA